UCAGACUGCCCAAUUUUUACCUUUGAGCAUGGCGCUGACAAUUGGUCCAAACAAGGCAUUGCGUUCGUUCAUCAGCCCAUAUUUGGGGGUCACUUAGAUCAUUCACCCUCGAGAUCUGGUCACCAUGGAAACUGGCUAGUAGACUCUUCCAGUAACGUAACCACGCCUUGUAGAUGGCAGAAUGCUUCACUUGGGGAUGGUGCCACGGGAACCAUGACGUCACCACCAUUUGUAAUAAGAAGCUCUUAUUUGUCAUUCCUGAUUGGUGGUAAGAAAAUUGUUGCACUUGCCUCUCAGGUUAAUGCUGGAAAAAGUUAGGGAGGCGCCAGAUCAUUAUACGUUUCUGGGAAACUCCCCACCUACCCCUCCCCUAGGCCAACGUUAACACCUACUUCUCACUUAGGGCAAAAUGUUGUCUCAGGGGAGGGGUAGGUGGGCAGUUUCCCAGAAACGUGUAAUGCUCCGGCCCUCCUAGGGCGAGAAGGGUCGUAUGUCUCCAGUCUGAAAUUCGGAACCUGUCUUUUCGCGUAUUGAGGAGGAAGAAGUCAUGUCCCUGUUGGUUUUGCAAUUCUUUUCUCGGUUUCCUUCGUCGCUUUCGCAGUUUCAACCAACUUUUGUGUCGUUUGUCGGCUUUCAUUUUUCUGUGUUGCUGUUUCAAGGCCAUGUCGCUUCUCAGUAUUUAACCUUCAUGCUGCUGUGUUGUCGUAACUACUAUUGUCCUUGAAAGGCAAGAUCGUUAAAAUAGUUACCUUAAGAUACACCGUUUCAGCCUACGGGUACGGGUAAGCGAGCAUAUGUUUAUCUCGUAAAUUUAUAAAAGGCAACCACUGUUUCCCAGAUGUGAUAAUGGUGUAACCAUUCUACCCGGUAGCCUACCCGUUUUUCCUGGGUAAGAAGCAAUCUACCCGUAUUUACCGCUACGUGUGCGGCUCUAUUACCCGUACCCAUACACGGAAACGGUGUAUCGUAAGGUGUCUGAUAUUUCAGAGUUUAGCACAGAAAAAUUAAACUGAGGAAAAGAAACGUUUACUGACAGCACCCUUUACGAAUCAUGAGAGAAAAGUAUCAAAAAACAGUAUCAAUCCAAUUUUCCUUUUUGCCAGAUUUUGGCACCCGAAGGAGUAGCAAUUAUAGCCAACAAUUGUCAACUUGAGGGGAAGACGCAAUUGGCCAUUUUUCGUGUCCCAAAAAUUCCCACUUUCAGAACGAGGCUAAGUGCAAAACCUUUCUCGUGUAGAUGAAUUUUAUUUGCAAGAGAAUAAACAAUCAUUUUUUAGAUCAAUGGCUUCGCACUUCGCCUCGCUUUGAGACAGGGGUUUUGGGUAACUCGGAAAUUGCCUAUUGACAAAUGCGAAGAGUGUACGAUUGUGUUUUUGCUGUAUUGCCUAACGUUUUUUAGGUGGCUGUGAUGACAAGAAGGUUCGCAUGGAAAUCUUGGUGAACGGAAGCACUAUAAUAUCAAGGACUGGCAGCUGCCAAUCACAAAUGAAAAGAACAGGAGUAAACCUGGAUCGGUACAAAGGCCGAACGGCCAAGGUCAAACUGAUAGACUACGGAGUCGGAAACUGGGGCCACAUUACUUUUGAUGACUUGCGACAUGGAGUACCAUGCGAAGGUAAUCAUUUUCUCUUUAGUAUUAUUUGGUAUUUGUUAUGCAGUCACAAUGUUAUGGCAAAACUUGUUAGUAUAACAAUUUUUCAAAGUUCACUUUCGUGUACGGAAAAUUGGUCAAGUCUUAAAAGACGUUUCCAUCAAAUGUAGUGGAAAGGAAAUCACACGCAUUAUUUUGGUCAUAAUUAAAAAACACUUUAUUUCCAUUCUAAGUAUCAUAAAUAGAAAUUUAACUAUUGCAACAGUGGUGGUCAGAUUUAUACAUGUUGAAUUGGGUAUACAAGUCUCUUCCGUUAACGCAAAUUCUCCCUCCCUCUCGCGCUUAAAGGAGCAAGGCCAACAUAGGUUAAAAUGCUCAACCCAUGCCACUGGUGAAGUUUAACCCAAACACUUUCGUAUUAGGUCAAAUAUCAGUGCCGGAUUCACACCUUGAGAUCUGGUGUGUGUGUGUGUGUGUGUGUGUGUAGGGGGGGGGGGGGUUGGGGGACCCAGACCCAGACCCUUAGAUAAGGGAAGGCUCCGAUGUCAUAAAUGUGUUUUUUGGGGAUCUAAAAAUAAGGGGGCCCCGCCCCCCCGGAUCCGCCACUGAAUAUUCACCCACCAUUAUAAUUAGACGCCUGAUUCACGUAUUGUUAAAGGAGCUGUGUCACGAAAGAUUUCACAAGAAAGUGAUUUCCACCAAAGUAAGUGAAACGAGAAAAUGAAAGGUUUUAGAUAACACAGCAAUUACAAAGGUUGCACGAAUGGACAAACUUAAAGAAGAUUAAAACGGAUUGCAAUUGUGGUUUUUGAAAACUUGUUAGCCCAACAGUUUUUCAAAGUAAAUUUUUUUGUAACGUUUAAAAUGAUGGUUGGAAGACAAAUUUGAAGUUGUGAUAUGCAUUUUAAGGGACUGUUAUUCGGCAUCUGCUGAAGAGAUGGUUUUAAACCCGCAAAGCUCUUGAUCCGUUAAAUUAGAUUUGCAAAAACUUUAUUUAUAUUAACCGUACUAUUGCAAAUAUAUGUCUCGCAGACAUUAAUCUUACUAUUAUGAUAUAGGUGUAGAAAUUAUGCAAACAACGUCGCGACUGUUAGAGCUAGAGUUUGGCUGCAUGUAAUAAAACAUGUUAGCUACUCGAGAAACCAUCAAGACAUUUUCUUGUUAUUUUGGCGGUACAAUCUAUUUUAAUUUGCACAGCUCCAUGUCGCUAUUUUUUAAAUCUAUAUUUGUCUAUAGUGCUAUAUUUUGGCAACUGAACCUUAGUUUUUAUACAUCUAUACACCUGCCAAUACAGUAUCAGUUUAUUUGAAAUCUCAUUUCUCACAGAACAAGUGUAUAACUAUCAAUUAUAGCCAUGUAGUGUAUCAUGGGAAAAUGUACUCUUAACAAUAUUUUAACUAAAAAACUACAGAUCUCAAAAAACUUAGCAACGUGGCUCGACAUCAAGCCUCAUGCUUCUAGCCAUAUUGGUCUUAGAUGAAGACCAUGGCACGUUUUCAGGUUCAAAAUUAAGUGUAUAAAUGCCACAAAAAUUGAAUUGGUGAAUAAAUUGUUAUACUAAAAUUCCGCGCUGAUUUUCAGUAAAUGAGCUGUUUUGAGAUGCUGCCUUGCAUUGGAAUCCUUCCGUAGGCCCUCAAAAUAUUUACUGUACUUUGUCUACUAAUAUUUGUAAUGCCUUUGUUACGCUAGAUCUCAUGCCAUGUAGCAAUCCAAUAUGUCAAACACCAGACAUACGUCAAGAAAGUUACUAUAACUGCUCCUGUGGGAAAUCUCUGCCAAAUAUUCAGUCAUGUUACAGUAACGAUACAUGCAUCAUUCCUCACGGAAGUUGCAAGUCAUUUUGCAACGACACAGAAACUAGCUGUCAGUGCCGCCAAUGCACAUGUGACAGUGGUCACUCUUUUAACAGGCACAAUCAGUCAUGUGACGAUAUUAAUGAAUGUCAAUCAGGCGCGCAUGAUUGUCAACACACGUGUGUUAACACAGACGGGGGUUAUCGGUGUUCGUGCUUGAGUGGAUACCAGCUAAACAGCGACCAAAAGUCUUGCAGUGACCGCGAUGAAUGUAGCGACAACAAAGGCGGAUGCGAUCAUGUCUGUGUAAACAGUGCCGGUAGUUAUUACUGUCUAUGCAACCAGGGCUGGUCGAUAAGCCCGGCAGACAAACUGGCUUGCAUUGAUAAAGAUGAAUGCAGUCUGAACCCAUAUUUGUGCUCCGAUGAAUGUGUGAACACUCCAGGGAGUUACUACUGUAGUUGCCGAUCGGGUUACACUCUUUCGCCUGAUAAAUCAAGCUGUGAUGAUAUUGAUGAGUGUCUGACCAACAAUGGAGGAUGUCAAUUCCACUGCAAAAAUACUCCAGGGAGUUUUCAAUGUUUGUGUGAACCGGGCUAUCAGAUUGGAAGCGAUGGAAGGACAUGUAUCGACGUCGAUGAGUGUAGCAAUAGUCGGUCACCCUGCUUACAGGUGUGCGUUAACACUUUAGGAUCAUACUACUGUUCCUGUCAGUUUGGCUAUCAACUACAAAGUGACAACACUACCUGCAUUGACGUAAACGAGUGCCAGCUCCAUCUGCACAAUUGCUCUCAGUUGUGCAAUAACUUUCCAGGCGGAUAUAACUGCUCAUGCUCUACUGGUUACCAACUUUCUGCGGACAGCACCACCUGCUCGGAUGUGGACGAGUGUUUGCAUGAAAACGCAGGCUGUCCUCAACUAUGUGUGAACACGAUAGGAUCAUUCGACUGCUCCUGUUUCCGUGGUUACAAGCUUGAUAUUGACAACAGCACUUGCGUUGACGUUGAUGAAUGCGAGCGCAAUCUAGACAAUUGUUCACAUCUGUGCAACAACUUUGAUGGCAGCUACAAUUGCUCGUGUUUUAGCGGUUAUCAACUCUCUGUAGACGGGAAGAACUGCUCUGACGUCGACGAGUGUUCGCAAGAUAACGAGGGAUGUUCUCAGAUUUGUGUCAACACGCCUGGAAACUACAACUGUUCUUGUUUCCAAGGAUACCAAAUGAAGUUUGAUGACGACCGAUAUCUUUGCAACGAAAGCUGCAAAUCUAACAACUCUUGUCCAAGACACUGCACGGAUUGUGAGGAUGUGAAUGAAUGCGAGGAUGCUGACCCUUGUGAACAAGAAUGCGAGAAUACAAAUGGUAGUUACAUAUGCUCGUGUUAUGUCGGGUUUACAUUGAAAGGAGAUAGAAGAACUUGUAGCGAUGUCGAUGAGUGUGAACUGAGCAGUAAUAUGGGUUGUACCAGCUGCGUCAACAGACCAGGAGACUUUCAGUGCACAUGCGCGAUGGGUUAUACGUUCAAUAAGGACAAUAUGAUUUGUGAAGGUAAGAUUUCGGAUCAUAAUUCAAGUUCCUCGACUCCGUAAUCAUGGGAGAGUUGGUAAUAGAAAACCAAAUACUAGUGAGCGUAAGCAACGAUGACGAUGACGACUGCUGUUUGUCGUUCAAUUUGUCAAAUGUUGGUGAAUGUAUCUGGAGUUGAAUUCUAAAGGACUCCAUCUAAGUUUAAAGAAAGAAUCAGUAAAUCUUUGUCUUGUGUUCAUGUCCUCAAGAAAACGUGAAAUUAGAUAGUUUCACGUCUUGGUCGUGCAACGAUGGCAGAGAAAUGCAUAAGUAGAUAAAUUUUUAUACAAAAUGUUAAACUGGAAUGCGCGGUUUUCCCUUAUGAAUUUAGUUGUACUGGAAUAGAAAUCAGCUUCUGAAUGAAUUCAACCGGCCCAAAUUAAUUUAAGUCGGCCUUAAGUCGAAUUCGAUUCGGUUUGUGAAGUACGGUGUUUGAACUGGGCCUUGGUUAAAGUUCAUACGCUUGAUCCUGACGGCCUCCACAAACUGAAAAAAGUCUUCGACCAAUUCUCAUUUUCUUUUGUCUAUCAGUGCCAUUUAUCAAGUGCUACCAUUUUGGACUUGACGAUUUUAUUGUACUUUUUAUCACAGAGAAAAAGCCACUGGAAGUAACUCUCACAGAAGGGCAACGGAAAAUCUUGGUAUGAGGGUUUUUACAAUCUACAUGCUCAUCAAACACAAAUCCUUUUUUCUGUUGUUGACUGUCCUUUCCUGUGGUGUUGAUUAUAAUGCUGUGUCGUAAUAGCAAUUCAUCAGAAUCCAAAUCAUAAUCAGACACUGCCAAAAAUCAAAAUAACAAUUAUAAUUACAAUCGUUAUCAUUAUAAUAAAAAAUGAACAGGCCCUAAUUUGGCGGAUGGCUAAAACAUUUCACAGGAAUAUCCUUCUCGUCCAGUACAUUUAGGACAGCCGUUUGGAUGACGCUAUCGAAGACAGUCCGCAAGAUGGAAAAACAAGUGACUUUAUAGGGGUAGCACAAUAAUCUGGUGACCCAGUAGUUCUCAUAGCCUGUGUACAAACCCCACCUCCUCUCCCCUCAGGAAAAAUCAGAGAAGGGGCCCCUUCCCCUAUUUCCCCGAGGGGGGGGGGUGGUCUGUACACAGGCUGUAGUUCUCAUUGUGGCCCACAAAUAGAGACAAACAAAUGAUUAAAAUAUACAUUAAAAAGGUUAAGAAUGCCAACUGGCUGGAGGUGAGCCAGUUGACUAAAAAUAAACGUCGCCGAGGAGCUGAACUCUGGACUACCGAGAACAAAUCCAGUUAGCGGUUAGGAUGGGGAUUAAACUCGGGGCCUCAGCUAAUAAGAAGUAAAGAGAAAUUAUCGCAUGCAGCUUUUAACUUUUAGGGCCUGUUUACAUGGGCGUAGGGGACCCCAGGUAGGGGAGGUAACCCGCUUAGGUGGGGUAACCCGACUGUCCAUAUAAUCUCUCAUUUUAAUUUGAUCACAUUUACAUGAUAAGUGCGUUGACCUGCCACAUGUUACCUCACCUACCCGGGGUCCCCCACCUCUAUGUAAACAGGCCCUUAGUUAUUUCCUCUCAUGACAAGCCGUUUGCACGAUGACGCCAUUUUAUUACUACGACCAGAAUCCUUCAGGGUUUUACUUUCUUAUGCAGAUUAGGGCUUUUGUUCUUUAAAUUUCGCUAGGAUUGCCAAAUGUAAGUAUGAAAGAAAAACAAAAAGGAAUCUGGCCGUAUUAGUAAAAUGUCGUCAUCGUACUUUUAGCCUAUUAAUACCCUUAACGAUUUUAAGGAAUAUAAACAUCAAAAAGCAUUUCCAAGUUAACUCUGUUGUGCUAUUGAUUUUCAGGAAGCUCCUGACGUUGCCGCCAUCGUGGAAACAACCAAUCAUAUCUUAAAGGAAGUAAAUGUUUCAAAGACCAUGAGCAGUGAGGCACUGACCAAGACUCUGGGUGUACUGAGCAACCUGACAGAAAAGAUUCAGUACUUCAAUACAAGUCAGGAGGAAGCAAAGGAACUGAUAACAGUAAGAAAUUGUCAAGAUUUUCCAAUGUUCAUCUACAAUUAUGCUCCCCAAUUCUGCACAAGGCACCAGAAAUCGCCUCCCUACCCCAGACCAGUUGCGAAGGGAACUCUAGUAGACCAUUUCGGAGUUCCAAAACUCUCACUUUCAAAACGAGGCUAAGUGCAAAACCUCUUUCGUGGAAAAGAGUUUUAUUUGCAUGAGAAUAAAAACCUAUUUUCAUAUCAAUGGCUUCCCACUUAGCGUCGCUUUGAAACAGAGGCUUGGGGCAAAUUAACAAUAGCCCCUUUUUCAUACCACUGAUUAAUAUUACCCCAUUAUGGACAGAUACCAGUUGAUUUCUUUAACCUAUCCCAAAUUAACCUUUUCUGUAGCGCCUAUUGUUUCCUUUGUUAACGGUAGAUGCCAUCAUUGGUAACCAAGCCUUUAGUCAUGCUAGAAAUAAUAUAUAACCUGGGUAAAGUUACAAUGAGGCAAAUAAUACGUCUUUAAAUAGUCUUAGAAAGAACGACGUCAACGCCCAAGCUGAAUUUACGGUCACCUGUCAGUUAAGGAAAAUAAUUCGUUAGAUUGUGUACAUAAAAUUUUUCGGACCUCUGGCGGGUCGGUGUUGUAGUGCAGUGGUAAGGGAGAGGGAUAAGGAUACGAAAAGUUUGGGUUCGACCCUGUGUGGCGAUUUUGUUUCUUUUUAAUAGAAAAACUCUCAAUAACAGGUCAAAAAAAAUUAAAGUGUUUUGUAAAUGGCAGCGACCGUUUAAGAAAGGGACAACUGCCUCGGCGGCACAUCCCUAUGUAGCCCAUAUGACGAAGCUGGGCCGAGUUGUUCAAAGCUGGGUUAAGAUAACCCAGGGUUAGUGUGAUUUGAAUUCGGAUUUGAAAGCUUAAAAAGCAUUUUAGUUUUAAUUCUUUCUGUCUACAUGUUGAUGUUUGGAAGCUCUAAACAUAACAGAGAAAGUUAUCCUAGAAAAUACUUUUGAACACAAGAAAAAGAAACGCGGAUUACAUUUAACCCCGGGUUAAGCGCUAAUCCGCCUUCGAUGUACUCUAAAUACAGCUUUAAAGGGCUUAGAGAAGUGAUGAUAUCACAAAAAGAAAUUAUUCCAUUGGGCAGGCUAAUCAGAAAGAACAAGAUGAAAAACGUCGACUUGUCAAAAUAAAGUUGCUAUUGCCAAUUGGUGGUGAGAUAUAAGCCACAUUUUUUUAUGAUGGCUCCAUACAAAUCCUUCUAAAACAGGCAUGGGUCUUACCGCUUACGAUCCAGGUCAAUUCUGGAAGGAUUUACACAGAGCCAACGCUGCUAAUAUCUCACCGCCAAUUUACUCCAACAACCUGAAUUUCCUCCAAUGGACAGUUUUCAUCGUGCUCUUUCUUAAUAUCUCAGUCAAUCCCAUAAUUUCACAAAUUCAAAUUUUGGUGACGUCAUAUUUCUUUCUUCUGUUUAUAGUGCUUUCGUUCCGUCCUUUUUAAUAAUAGACUGAACAGAUAUGUCUUUUUUUACAGACCGUAACUGUGAUGUUCAGUUUGUUAAUGACAAAAGAAAGAGAGUCGUCCUGGAGAAAGCUGAAGGAGGAAGAGGUGAACCUUUCUUUCAUCAUGGAUGGGCAUUAUUACAAUGACAAUUAAUCAAACAUUAAACACUCGGAGUCGGAGUCGUAAGCAGAGUCAUAAGCGCGACGGAAUCGGAGUCAGAAGAAUCAGAACGUUUCCUUUACUUCCGACUCCGCUUACGACUCCGUCGCUUACGUUCCGCUUAUGAUCUAGUGAAAACCAGAUUGUCGGAGUCGGAAGCGGAAGCGGAAGGAUAAGCCAAUCAGAAUGCACGUUCCCACGCUUUGUGUUUGGUUUGGUGCUUCUGCUUCUGCUUCCGACUCUGACAAUCUGGUUUUCACUAGAUCAUAAGCGGAAGGGAAGCGACGGAGUCGUAAGCGGAAUCAGAACGCUGUUUUCACUAGAUCAUAAGCUCUACGCUUCUGAUUAUGACUCUGACUCCGACUCCGUCGCUAGUGAAAACCAGGCUUAAGAGCGCUUGUGACCGAGUGAAAAUCAACAAUCGGAGUCGUAAGCGGAGUCAUAAGGGCGACGGAAUCGGAGUCAGAAGAAUCAGAACGUUCCAUUUUCUUCCGACUCCGCUUACGACUCCGUCGCUUACGUUCCGCUUAUGAUCUAGUGAAAACCAGAUUGUCGGAGUCGGAAGCAGAAGCGGAAGGAUAAACCAAUCACAAUGCACGUUCCCACGCUUUGUGAUUGGUUUGGUUCUUCUGCUUCUGCUUCCGACUCCGACAAUCUGGUUUUCACUAGAUCAUAAGCGGAACGUAAGCGACGGAGUCGUAAGCGGAAUCUGAACGCUGUUUUCACUAGAUCAUAAGCUCUACGCUUCUGAUUACGACUCCGACUCCGACUCCGACUCCGUCGCGAGUGAAAACAAGCCUUUAUCGACUAUAGAAUGCAGCUCGUGGUUCCACUUGAGUUUUGAACAUUUUGACGUCAUUUCUAUGGUCGAUAGACAACUUUAACAUUGACAGUUUUUGACGUCUAUUUCCGCUGAAGUUUCUUGGAAAAUUGGGCGCAAUAAAAAGAGAAAAAUAAAUUGCAACACCAUCACCUCAUUUCCUUGGUCUGUUGGUGUGUACUCUUUUCGAACGUAGCGGCUUCGAAUCCCGUUGAAGUCCUUAGUAUUAUUCAGCCUUAAUUUGCAACUGCUUAAAUGUGAGUACAACUGCGAUGGUGAUUUCUCCAUUUAGAGAAGAAUUCAUUCCCGUAUAGGGCGUCAUGGGAAAUAUAAUUGCUAGCGAACGUUACACGGGACGAUUCGCAACAACGAGUUUUAGCACAACACAGCGUAGCAACAUUGUUGCGACGUUGAUUCAAAUGGUUGCAACAUGGUUCCAACAUUGCAAUGCUGUGUUGCGCAAAAAAACCCGUUGCGAAUCGUCCCGUGUAACAUCACCAUUAGCGAGAAAGCGCCCUACAUGUACUCUUUUUAUAGCGGCAAAAUCCAACAUUUUGUCGGAUGUGAGAUCGUACACACGCGGAUCUGGUUUGUUUAUGACGGACAAACGCCUGCGAUGCUUGACGUCACCUAAAACUGCGGAUGACUCAAGAAAGUCCUUUGGCAUCGCUCACAAUAAUUUAGCAUUUUACCACAGUGGACAAGAAAUGCACUUACUACCCGAUUAACAGUGAAAUGCUUUAUCUCAUAUGUCGAUAAAAAUUUUAAUUUUAUACAUCAAUGUUUUUAAUCUGCGGGAGACGCUUCUAUGACAAAAACGGUGGCGUCAAAGCUUUCGCUGCUCUUUUACGCCAUUUCACCAUAAAAUGGUUCUACUCCGCCUCCCAUGCAUGUCCAAUUGUCUUAAGCUCCUUGAAGAUUCAUUUUUUAUAUUAUAUUGCUAAUAUAAUUGUGUCGAUAACAAACUCCUCAAAUCUGAUUGGUUCUCAGCAGCUCUUAUUUACUGCUUAACUUGGCUGAUGCAGCACCAGAACUGUCCAAUUUGACCUGUCCGAUUAUAAGGUGAUUGGAAUUUGUCAGGUCAAAUCGGACAGUUGAAAAGCCAACGAAAGUCGACGCGCUCGGCCGAUUUGAAAUUAGUCGCUUGAUUACUCCCCGAAUUGUACUCCACUCAGUCCUAUUACCUUUAUUUUGUCCUCCACUUCUAACACCAGCACUGAUUUUAUGUUGAAACUACUACUUAUUUUCUGUACGUUUCAGGGAACUGCACCAAUCAAUGUCAUAACAAACAUUUUAGAAAAAGCUGUAACAGCUGUGGUCAGCUCAGUGGAUAAGGAAACAGACAGCGGAGAGCUGAAUGUGAUCGUAUCUACUGAAAAUUUAGGUAAAAGAGAAAAUAGUUUAGCUUAAAGUGGGAAGCAAUUGGAGAGUUUUGUAUUUUAUGUAACACUAUGAUCACGCGCGUAUGAGAGACUGGGGAACAAGAGUAAUAAGACAACUUGUUAGAUGGCUAAAUCCGCGAGCGGGCAAGUUGAAGCGAAUGCUCUAUUCUCAUUGGCUAUCCAAGCAGACAGAUAACCCCGCUUUGUUUGGUUUCUAUCGGUUUUUGUCUUGCAAAGUGAAUGUUUAAGUAGUACAAUCAGGUUAUCUUCGCUGGGCCCAUCUUGCCAGCUCGAGAUUUCCCGCGUUGGUCCCGCGUGCAAAAACCUUCUUUUCGACCAUUUAGUAAAUCAUUCAUUGACCUAACUUGCCCCGUCACAAUGGCCAGAUAUUGGCCUCGUUCUUUUUUUAUGUUUUCAAUGACCUCGGCUUCGUCAAGGUCCAUAAAACACCAGCCAUCUUGACCUCACGCUUGUAUUGAUUGUCAUGCACGUAUCAGUUUCGCACUAGUUGAUAAUGGCUGCGCAAUAACCCACUGCGUUUCGAAAUAUUUGUUUCAGAUAUGCAAGUUAAAUCUAAGAACAGGCAGGCAUAUACAGGGUCAAAGAUUCCAGCUGAUUCACCAAAUUUUGUGAACCUUCCUGGCUCGGUCGUGCAAGACAGAGACGACAAUGGUAACAUGCCACCUUUACACAAUACCAGGGACCAGUCGCUAGAAGGCAGAUUAGCGCUAACCUGGGGUUAAAUUUCAAUUCGGCUUUUUUUUGUUUUGUUUGAAAGCACUUAAACGGAUAAUUUUCCUCUAUUAUUUAAGAGCAUCCAUUCAUCAAAUUGUAGACAAAAGAAUUGAACUGAAUUUGCUUUCUUAGCUUUUGUAUCUGAAAUCAAACUUCGCACUAACCCUGGAUUAUCUUAACCUGGUUUUGAACGACACGGUCCUGAGGCCCGUUUCUCGAAAGUCCCGGUAACUUUUCGGGUCCGAAAUCAAAUAUUCAAAUCGAAAUAUAAAUAAUAGGAGCGCCGGUCCUGGCUUGCAAACCACUCCAUUAUGUUUCAUUAACUGAUAGUUUUAUCAUGUUAGAUGCAAAACUGUUGAAACCUCAAUCUUUAAUGUAAACGGAGACAGCUUACCGGGCCCGUUAAUUAUCGGGACUUUCGAAAAACGGGCCCCUGGUUAUUUUCAAGUUUAAGCCUAGAGAUUUGAAAAUCGACCUACAUGUGUUCAUCAUGUCCCAAUAUCCUUCAAUUUCAUAUCAUGGGUUUUCAGUUUGGCGGACAUAUAAAUGUCUUAAAAGAAACACACACACCGGCGCCGCGCUUGAUACCAUCAUAGGCUGUUCUUCUGUGGUGGUUUAAGUCUCCUAGCAGCUCAUAAUUAAGACUUCAAUUACUCUAUACGUCGGUAUUUUUAGUGUGUCGUGAAGAUCAGUGAAGGUGAAAACGAUUGCUACGCCCAAACAGCCCUUGAAAAAUGCCUUGUGUGCUUUUUACUUCUGAACCUUAACGCACUCUACGGCAAAAGAGGUGUUUUUUGGUUCCAUAUUUAUUCGUUAUCAUCGUCGUCAUCAUCAUUAUCAGCAUCAUCAUUGUUAUCGUUAUCGUUAUCGUUAUCGUGAUCGUGAUCGUCAUUUCUUUAUCUCCAAGUGGAGAACAGGGUAGGAUUCAUACAUUUGACCUAUAUUGAAUCAUUUCUCACUUUUGAAGCCCUGAUCAAGAGGGAAUGAGCUCAUUCUCUCUUGCCUUAAUCAAUUAAAAAUGUAUACCUUAAUUUAAAUCCUCUCUGUGUCCUUCUUUACAGAUACGGUGGGUAUUUCUGUGGCUCUUCUUAAAGGAGUGAAGAACAUUUUAUCUAACGAUACAGUUGGAGAAAGGUAAAAUACAUUAAAACCAGCUUACCAUCAUUAGUCAGUAUUUGCUUUGCUGCUUUGGGCGUAAGGCCAUAGAAAUUUUCAUGAGACGAACCAAACUUGGUGAGUUAAUUUCAUGGAACGUUUGACGUCUGGCUGAAUUACGUUCUUCUGCAUGAGUUUGGGUCGUCUAACACGUUCUAUCCGUCUGCUUCAGACGGAUAGAAAAACUCGGUAAGUCACACAUUAUUUUGAUUAAUUUUCGUUUUGUCUUUUUUUCUUUCGCAUUUAAGCUCAAGCGACAACAGAUUGAAUUCCAUAAUUUUCGUCGUCACCGUUAUCAAUGUCAGUCCAAGGCACCUGGCCAAGUUGAACGAGCCAGUUGUCCUACGCUUUCAACACUUGCGGGUAAGUGGGCAAUAAAAGACUAUUGCGACCACUCCAACACAAUAUGCCUUAGAUUCUGAGACGAGGACGAGUAUAUUCUCAGUACUAAGUAGUGUGCGCGCGUGAACUCGCGUCAUUUUGGCGGGAAAACGUGAUAGCCGUCGUCAUCAUUCCUCGAUUAAAAGACUCCAACAUGGUAGUGACGAAAACGAGUCAUUAAAUGUCAUAAGUUUUACCAUUUGGCAGUCGGUAGAGAGCUUGAGAGCUUAUCCUUCCUCAAUAAAAAUAACCUUGUUAACUUUUCUUUCUUUUGUGAAGCUCUUCAGGGUGUCUAUUUUGUAGAAUAGUUCUGUUAGGUCGUCCUCGUCUUCGAAUCUAAAGGUCUCUACAAGCCUUAAGCCCCAUCUAAAAGAUCAAACAUUUGUGCCGAACAUCUUGUUGGAAUUGCAUUAUUGAUCGUUUAGCCACCUCUCUAGACGUAACGUUUAGAAUGGUUACAUUUGAAAGCUUAAUUUAGCCUACAUCAUCCCACAUCUUUCUUCCUGAAGAUGUGUUUGUUUGUCCAGCCACCUCGGCUAACAUUGCAAACAAAUUCUUUUUUUCGUGAUAGAAAGAUGGACAACAGCAUACAUGCAGCUUUCUGAAUGAAACGGCUAUGUAAGUCAACGAUGCAUUUUUUGAAAUAUUUUUUUCAUUAUUUCAGCUAGUUUCUCUAGCUACAAUGGAGGUCAAACGUCUUAGGACACUUAACACGAUACACCUUAAACUGCCUCCCUUCCCGCCUCGUCCCCGAGCAAAGUUGUAUUUUGUGCAACCCUGUACACUUUACCAGCAUCGUUUCGAGAGUGGAGGGGAGGGCUAUUUGGGAGGGCUAUUCGAAGCAUCUGAACUAUUGCAAAAGUGGAUAUUAUGCUAUAUUUGCAUACUUGAUAUGUUAGAGCUGGAAGGAAGGUUUUUAUAAUUUUCCCAAGGAUUUUUGUCCUCCAUUGUACAUAGUAUACUAACAAAUUUACCACUGAUAUUUUUUUUCACAGAGCUAAAUUCCCUAAGGAUUAUUCUAAACACUGGUCCUCUGUGGGAUGCAAGAAAGUUAAAAGCACAGAUGAAUUCACCAUCUGUCACUGCUCACAUCUCACUAGCUAUGGCCUUAUUAUGGACGUACACAACAUUUACGUGAGUAUAUAACUUCUCUGUAUUCGGUCAGAUUAAAAAAUUUUUGAAUGGGCAAAAUUGCUUUGAAGACAUUUACAUCAAAUUUAAGAAAACUGAGCUGGUAGAAAUUUCAUAACUUCCUCACGUGUGAAUUCACUUCUCGUUACGCAUGCAGGAAUUCAGAGAUGAAUAGUGAAAUCUACAACUACCAACCGAUUCAAUUUUGUAUAAUAAAUUCAUUAAUUGAAUCUUGGGGUUGGGGUACGCUUGACUCUGCUUGACUAUAACCAUUUACGCUGAUUAUUUCCCAGGACAAACUUGAUGAGGACCACAAGGAAACACUCAAGUACAUCUCACUUGUGGGCUGCUGCGUGUCCAUUUUCUUCUGUCUUUUGGCUGCUCUGGGAUUCUCAUUUGCUAUGUAUGUAAUGACGCUGGUUCACCCGUGCGUACCACUUAGUAUUGAGAAAAUCUCAUACUCGCAUUCGUCCUCGACUUAGAAUAUCUUAAAGCCUCUAAUUGUUCUAGGGCUUGAAAUAAUUUUGCGGAUGCGCCAGUCAAAUUGUGUGGUCAAACCUAUUUAUUUGCCAGACAAUUAACAAUUAUUAGACGAGGUUGAACAAAAUAUCGUGAUUUGUCUGUGGCGAGCAGAUCAAUUAUUUGCCGAAGCCGAAGGCUGAGGCAAAUAAUUGAUCUGCAAGACACUGACAAAUCACGAUAUUUUGCGAUAACAAGUUCAAUAAUUGUUUUAUCAUUCGAUCACCGAGUUUGUUUUUUUAAUGAAUAUCCUCGGGAAGCGAAGCGAUCUGCUUCUUUCACGCAAGAGCGAUCGCAAGAAGGAGAAAAGCACGGUUUC